AGAAAAUUACUGCUUCCACAGCGGCUUCCUCUGACCCGAGGCACUGCAGGACCAGUAUAAAAACCAUCGCAGCUCUUGACUUCCUCAUCCACUCAGCUCCGCUUCUUCUGCUUCAGCAGCAAGUGAAGCUCCAGCAUCCAGACAUGUCCUGCUGCAACCCGUGCAUGCCCUGCCAGCCCUGCGGCCCGACCCCGCUGGCCAACAGCUGCAAUGAGUGCUGUGUCAGGCAGUGCCAGAGCUCCACCGUCGUCAUUGAGCCUUCCCCAGUGGUGGUGACCCUGCCCGGCCCCAUCCUCAGCUCCUUCCCUCAGAACACCGUUGUGGGCUCCUCCACCUCUGCUGCCGUUGGCAGCAUCCUCAGCUGUGAGGGAGUGCCCAUCAACUCCGGGUGCUUCGACCUCUCCUGCAUCACCAACCGCUACUGCUGCAGACCCUGCUAAAGCUGCUGCAGACACCCCACUGAAGGACACCAGGAACCCAGGAGAUGGUAACGGACUGAGCACGGACAUCCCGGCCAUUGCUCUCAGAGGCACUGAGCAUCCAUGGCUCCACCUGCAAAGGAAGGCAGGAGGAGGCAUACCCGGGCAGUCUGGAAGUGUGGCCCUGUGUAACUUGCCUGUUCUCUCCCUCUUCCUCCUCUCUCCUUUUUCUCUGUCGCCUUCUGCUCCCUGGGCUGUAAGGACCUGCUAAGCCCCAUCAGAGGAGAGCCCUGCUGCCCCUCUUGCUCUCAGGGGCAGGCAGACACCUGGUGCAAACUCCAGCCUGGCCAAGGGACACAGACUCCGACGUCCCCUGGUGUUCCCUGCACCAUGGCCUUGCUCAGAGGAGCUCCUUUCCCUCUUUCGACUCAUUAAAGUUCUGUUGCAUCCCA